AAAUUUAAAACCAUUUAACUGUAGGUCUCGUUUGUAUCAACACGUCAAAUAUUUCAAAAUGUUAAAACCAUUACUUUGUAUUUGUUUAGUAAGUGUAACUUUCGCAAAAGUUCGUUUCGACAAUUACAGUUUGUACAAAGUGUUACCUAAAAAUGCUACCCAAAUUAUACGGCUUGAAAAAUUAGAAAAUGCUGACGAUAAGUUUGACUUCUGGAGUGAGGUAUACCCACAAGUUGAAUAUGUUUCGAUAUUAUCAAGUCCGGAAAAUAAAGCUUAUUUAGAAAACUAUUUGAAAAUGCAUGAAGUAAGCUUUGAAGUUACUUUGCCAAAUAUUCAAGAAGUUAUCGACAACGAAUCUAUCAAAAAAUAUUCAAGAUCCAACACAAAAAGCAUGACCUGGGACGCUUAUUACGAACUAGAUGAUAUUUAUGCUUGGAUUGAUGAUUUAGUUGCAACAUACCCAACUGUAGCUAGCGCGAUAGAAGGAGGAACUACGCAUGAAGGUAGAACGAUUAAAGGUAUAAAAAUUUCCCAUGGAUCAGGCAAGAAAAUUAUAUUUAUUGAGAGUGGCAUACAUGCACGGGAGUGGAUUACACCAGCUGUGACCAACUUUAUUAUCAAUGAGCUUUUAUCCAGCACUAAUGAAGAGACGCAAGCAGCAGCGCGUGACUUUGAUUGGUAUAUCUUUCCUGUUACAAACCCUGAUGGCUAUAUUUGGACUCAUACAGAAUUCCGACUGUGGCGUAAAAACCGACGUCCAUUUGGUGACGAUGUCGGUGUUGAUCUAAACAGAAACUGGAACAACAACUGGCUUGGUGUGGGUUCAAGCAAUGUAACAUCAUCCAACACAUACGCAGGUCCAGGACCAUUUUCUGAAGCAGAAACAAGAACUUUAUCGCAAUACAUCAGCUCGCUAGCUGAUGAUAUAGAAUUGUAUCUUUCGAUGCAUUCUUCUGGUCAACUUCUUUUGCUGCCUUUUGGGAAUACAACUGAGCCGUUGGCAAAUUACUACGAUGCGAUGAAAAUUGGAAGGCGAGCAAUGGGUGCACUAUCUGUUCGAUAUGGAACUCCUUACACGACGGGAAACAUUGCGGAAGCUAUUUAUCUUGCCACCGGCACCAGCAUUGACUGGGUCAAGGAAGCCCUCAAGAUUCCACUAGUCUACUGCUACGAACUCCGAGACCGCGGUACUUAUGGACACCUUCUGCCGGCAGACCAGAUCUUGCCGAGUGGCGAAGAGACCAUGGACUCAAUCCUGGAAAUGAUCCACCAAGCACGAAGGCUGGACUACAUGAACAGUGGAAGUGACAAUGAACAACAGUACGAUUUCUGGAGUGAUCCUGUGCCAAAAGCUGAACAUGUUAUGGUGUUAUCAAGCCCUGAAAAUAAAAUUUCCCUUGAAAGUAUUAUGAAUGGGAAUUCGGUAGGGUUUGAAAUCGCCCAUGAAAAUAUACAAGAGUUGAUAGACCGGCAAACCGUAGCGCCUUUUACUAAAAAUGCAAAGAUGACAUGGGACCAAUAUCACACCCUUGAUAGCAUUUAUGCAUGGCUAGACAGCUUAGUUAUCGAAUACCCGAACCUAGUAUCAGAAAUCAUUGGAGGAAGUUCAUACGAAGGUCGUCAAAUCAAAGGUGUAAAAAUAUCUCAUGGUAACAACAAAAAGGCGAUUUUCAUCGAAGGUGGCAUACAUUCAAGGGAAUGGAUUUCUCCAGCUACAGUCAAUUAUAUCAUCAACGAUCUUCUUACAAGUACAGAUAAAGAAACACAAGCUGCAGCCAAAGAAUUUGAUUGGUAUAUUUUCCCAGUUACAAACCCUGACGGCUAUGUUUGGUCUCAUGACUCAUUCAGAUUGUGGCGCAAAAAUAGGCGACCAAUUGAGGGAACCACAUUUGGAGUAGAUUUAAACAGGAAUUGGAAUAACAACUGGCUAGGUAAGGUGGAGCUUCAAUCUUCAAACAGCUACGCUGGUCCAGGACCUUUUUCUGAGAUUGAAACUCGAUCUUUGUCGACGUACAUGAGUAUUGGGGACAAAAUUGAACUGUACCUAUCGUUCCAUUCGUUCAGCCAACUUCUGCUGAUUCCUUUUGGAAAUACUACGGAACCAGUUGCUAAUUAUCAUGAUGCGCUAAAUAUUGGCAGACGAGCAAUAGGCGCGUUAUCAGUGAGAUAUGGAACACAAUACGUUACUGGGAACAUUGCGGAAGCCAUUUAUCUUGCAACUGGUGGAAGUGUAGACUGGGUCAAAGAGCAUGUCCAAGUGCCUCUAGUAUACUGCUACGAGCUUAGAGACCGUGGAACCUACUCUUUCCUGCUUCCCCCUGAGGAGAUCCUGCCAAGUGGACUGGAGACCAUGGAUUCUUUGGUAGAAUUGAUCCACCAGGCCAAACGAUUCGGGUACAUGAACAACGGCACCUCAAUCAUUGGCGUUUCUAUGAUGACGAUUGUUUUUCUACUGAUUGCUAUUGUUAUUUAAUUUUUCCAUUGCGAUAAAAAAGUAAAUAUUUUUUUUAACCCAAA